UCUACUAUUGUUCUGAGCUUCAAGGCGAGAGGCGGUUCCCCUGAGCGCUUGUGCAUGUCUGUGCUGCACUUACUCAAGUGUCUCGCUUUUCCCAACGUCCGUCGCUUACAACUCAGAUUAUACUGAUAUAAAGGUAAAGCAGACCGACCGACAUGACCGGCGAGGAACGGAAGCCGAAUCCAGCAUCAGUCGAGGAAGAAGAAGGAGGAGAAGAAGAACUGAGGUGGCUAUGGAAAGCGAACGAAGACACGAAGCUGUGCCAAUAUGCUAAUGACUUUGGCACUCGUAUUGGCAUGACAGUUGUGACGUUGACAACGUCCAGGCCCCUGGAAUUCCCUCUAUUUAAGAGAGCCUUUCGGAUAGCUCAGAGCAAAUGUCUGAACUUACGCGUGACUCUAAGAAGCAGAGGAAAUGACUUGUGGUUUUGCGAGCUUCUAAAACCAAGUUUGGAUGUCGAGGAACUCGACGAAAACGAGGACCUCUUUGAGGUAAUAGAGAGGCUAUCAAAGCAAAACUACAACUGUAAGAACCAGCCUCAUUGGAGAAUCCGUCUCACUCCUCGAAAACAGGGCAGUUCCAAUGUCCUGGAAAACUCCAAGAAGGAUUUUCCAUUCCAGUACGACUACAUCUUCCAGAUGAAUCACAUCUUAUUCGACGGCAUGAAUCUAGCGCUGGUGGUAGACAUGGCCCACAAAAUACUCGACAGACUCAUCGAAGGCGAGUCGAAUUUCGACGGCGAGACGGGAUAUGGCUAUACCGAAAACACCGGCUUGGAGGAACGCGAAAGGGACGUUGAGAUGAAGCUCCUUGAAGGAGAAGGAUACCGGGAACUCAUCGCUAGAGAGAUGCCCCCAGGGGGCAGGAUCCCCUGGAUCAAUAAAGGGUAUCCCAAACCAGGGGUGCACAGGUCAUCGACCAAGCAUAUUACCCGUCAAAUCGGACAGGAGCUGCUACAGAAGCUGAGCGUCAAAUGCAAGGAGGCAGGAGUGACGUUCAACAGCGCAUUCACUGCCAUCAUCAACAUCUCGCUCAUGCAACUCAUGAGAAGCGCAGGUGUCGACGAAGAUUCUUACGACAUCUACUCCUACCAACUAGUCAACCUCAGGCGCUACUUAGACAACCAGGAAAAGACCCCCGGUGGGGCGUAUCAUUACCCAAUGACCUACUGCUCGCGGGUGAACGCUGCCGACAAAGAGAACUUCUGGGAAUACGCCAAAAAGUGCAACGAGGAACUCCAGUCCAAACUCAAAGCCGGAAGGCCCCUCGAGCAGAAGGUUUUAAGCGACAGAAGAAAAACGUCCCGACGACUCCUUCCGAGUUCUUCGACGACCCUCCUCCCGUCCUGGUCGAUUUCAGCGUCUCCAACGUCGGCGACUUGACGAGACUCGUCCCCGGAGAAGGGCGGCACGUCAGGGUAACUCGUCUGAGGCCGUUCAACAUCAUUCACGAUUACCUUCACAUGAAUAUGCACCAGGUCGCUACUUACAAGGGAGAGUCGCAGUACACCUUCAGCUACGAUACAUCCUAUUUGACGGAUGAAGUUGCGGAUGCCUUUGUCGGACAAAUCUUUCUGGUGAUGGAUGAUGUUCUCUAAUAUAUGGUUUUCAGUAUGCUUUGCACAUACAUGCAUACAUAUGUGUA